GCUAACUGUGUGCGCGUCACGGGGCUGCCAUAACGGUUCGGCUCCGCUCCGGCGCGGCGCCUGCGCCCCACUGGCCUGGGUCGCUGCGCCCCAGAGCCUCCGCAUGUCAUGUCCCGGCUGCGCCUCUGGGCCCCACUGCUCCUCCUCACGUGGCAACCACUGUGGCUGCUGGUCCAGGCAGCUCAGCCUCCGGAGUGGGCCCUGGACCCUGCCCAGUUGACCUCCGACUUCCUAGGGCCCGCCGAGCCCUGGUCUUCGCACUCCUCUGAACUCCCGCCCGAAUCGCCCCGGGCACUUACACCCCCCGCGGAGCCGGGGGGCUUUAAAUACUUGGGGUCCUCUGCUCCAGUCCAGAUGUUGGCCCCGCCUAAGGAAUUGACUGAGACUUUGGUUCCGUUCCCGGACACGGAUUCAGUUGGCGAGCUGCCCCCAGAGGCAGAUCAGGAUCUGAAUGACAAGCUAACCCAGCAUGAAAGGCUCCCGGAGGUGGCUCCAAGGCCAGGUUGGGAUCAGAAUCAGACCAUAGCUCUGCCUCUUGGACUCAAAAGUAAGAUUAAAGUUGUAGGUUUGGAUCAGGCUGAAGAUCACCAAUCAUUUGAAAUACUUGUUCCACCUCUGGAUGUUCAGAGUUCAAAGCCAACACAGUUUAUUGUUUCACCCCCAAACCUGGAGGAAGAUCUUGUUCAGCAUCGAAGGCUUGCCAAAGUCAUUGUUGGAACUCCCAACCAACUUGCAAAUAAAGAGCUCUUAGAACAGCUGCAGGAUGAUUCAGAUUCCAGUAUGGAUAUCCUAUAUCCUGGGGAGAACCUACCAGUGGAUUUCUCGGGGCGACCAGAACAACCUCCAAAUCUCCCUGAGGAGGCUGAAAUUCCCCCGCUCCUGCAGGAGACCCAAAAUCAUCUACAGUUCCCUGAGGAGGCUGAAUCUAUUUUGCCUCAGGUGGAGGCCCAGGCCCAGCAUCCAGAGCCUCCUGAAGAGAGAGAAACCUCUCCAGAUCAGCGGCAGCCUCUAUCUUCGCCUCCGGAGUUCCUUAAGGAAGGUGGAAGUUCUGUAAACCCACAGGAGGCCCCAGCUGAGCCUUCACGCACAACUGAAGAGGUUGAACCUUCUUCAGUCCAUCAGGAAGCCUCAGCUCAACCUACAGAGGCCCCUGAGGAAGUAGAACCUUUGACCCCUCAGGAGGCCCCAGGUCAACCUCUAGAGAUAUCUAAGGAGGUGGUACCGCAACCGAUAGGACAUGAGGUAGAUGUGCCGUCUCUCAGUCAGAAUGAAGCCCAGCGGCCAAACCUCCACAACGUGACUGUUAAGCCUGUGGAUCUGGCACUUACCAUAACUGUAACUCAGCCUCCAGAACACACGGAGGAGGCUGAGCCAUCUCCAAUCCAACCAGAGGCCCCUGCUCAGCCAGCAGAGCGCCCUGAAGAGGCUGAGCCCACCCCAGUCCAGCCAGAGAUCCCUGCUCAGCCUGUAGAGCUUCCCGAGGAGGCUCUGCCCACCCCAGUCCAGCCAGAGAUCCCUGCUCAGCCUGUAGAGCUUCCCGAGGAGGCUGUGCCCACCCCAGUCCAGCAGGAGGGCCUGGUUCAGCCAACAGAGAGCCCUGAGGAGGCUGUGCCCACCCCAGUCCAGCAGGAGGGCCUGGUUCAGCCAACAGAGAGCCCUGAGGAGGCUGUGCCCACCCCAGUCCAGCCGGAGACCCCAGUUCAGCCUGCAGAGAGCCCUGAGGAGGCUGGGCCCACCGCAGCCCAGCCAGAAGCCGUGGCUCAGCCUGUAGAGCUCCCCGAGGAGGCUGUGCCCACCCCAGUCCUGCCAGAAGCCGUGGCUCAGCCUGUAGAGCUCCCCGAGGAGGCUGUGCCCACCCCAGUCCAGCCAGAAGCCGUGGCUCAGCCUGUAGAGCUCCCCGAGGAGGCUGUACCCACCCCAGUCCAGCCAGAAGCCCUGGCUCAGCCUGUAGAGCGCCCUGAGGAGGCUGGGCCCACCCCAGUCCAGCCUCAGAAUCCUGCUCAGCCUAUAGAGCUCCCCGAGGAGGCUGGGCCCACCCCAGUCCAGCCAGAGACCCCGGCUCAUACUGUAGAGCUCCCUGAGGAGGCUGAGCCCACCCCAGUGCAGUCAGAGGACUUAGCUCAGCCAGCAGAGCUCCCUGAGGAGUCUGGGCCCACCCCAGCCCAGCUGGAGACCCCAGUUCAGCCCACGGAGCACCCUGAGGAGGCUGGGUCCACCCCAGCUCAGCCUGUAGAGGCCCCCGAGGAGGCUGGGUCCACCCCAGUCCAGCCAGAGGCCUCAGCUCAGCCAGCAGAGCACCCUGAGGAGACUGGGCCCACCCCAGUCCAGCUGGAGAUCCCAGUUCAGUCUGUAGAGCACCUGAAGGAGGCUGGGCCCACCCCAGUGCAGCCAGAGGCCCCAACUCUAGUUCCAGAGUUUCCUAUGGAGUACCUACCUCAAACUCCUGUAAAUAAUGAGAUGCUACGUCAACCUAUAAGCCACCAUCCAAGCUAUUUCAAGUUUGCCAGUGUUACAUAUAAACCUGUGGAUCUGGCACUUACUAUAACUCCAGAGCCGGCUAAGGAGGUUGAUUCUUCUACAGCCCAGCAGGAGAUCCCACCUCAGUCUCUUGAGCAUACUGAGGAAGCAGAACCUCCUUCAAUCCAGCAAGAGACCUCAGCUAAGCCUCCAGAGGAAGGUGAGCCUUCAGGUGAGCAGGAGCAACCAGCUCAGCCUUCUGAGUCUCCUGGGGGGACUGAACCUUUUCUAACUCAGCAGGAGACCCCAGCUCAGCCUUCAGAGCCUCCCGAGGAAGCUAAGCCUUCAAGCGUACAGGAACAACCAGCUCCCCUUUCUGAGCCUAGUGGGGAAUUUGAACAUUCUCUGACUCAGCAGGAGACUCCAGCUCAUUCCUCAGAAAAUCCUGAAGAGGCAGAACAUUUCCCAGCUCAGCAGGAGACCCCAACUCAUUCCUCAGAGAAUCCUGAAGAGGCAGAACACUCCCCAGCUCAGCAGGAGAUCCCAACUCAUUCCUCAGAGAAUCCUGAAGAGGCAGAACAUUCCCCAGCUCAGCAGGAGAUCCCAACUCAUUCCUCAGAGAAUCCUGAAGAGACAGAACAUUCCCCAGCUCAGCAGGAGAUCCCAACUCAUUCCUCAGAGAAUCCUGAAGAGACAGAACACUCCCCAGCUCAUCAGGAGACCCCAACUCAUUCCUCAGAGAAUCCUGAAGAGGCAGAACAUUCCCCAGCUCAGCAGGAGACCCCAACUCAUUCCUCAGAGAAUCCUGAAGAGGCAGAACACUUUCCAGCUCAGCAGGAGACCCCAACUCAUUCCUCAGAGAAUCCUGAAGAGGCAGAACAUUUCCCAGCUCAGCAGGAGAUCCCAACUCAUUCCUCAGAGAAUUCUGAAGAGGCAGAACACUCCCCAGCUCAGCAGGAGAUCCCAACUCAUUCCUCAGAGAAUCCUGAAGAGGCAGAACACUUUCCAGCUCAGCAGGAGACCCCAACUCAUUCCUCAGAGAAUCCUGAAGAGGCAGAACACUCCCCAGCUCAGCAGGAGAUCCCAACUCAUUCCUCAGAGAAUCCUGAAGAGGCAGAACACUCCCCAGCUCAGCAGGAGAUCCCAACUCAUUCCUCAGAGAAUCCUGAAGAGGCAGAACAUUCCCCAGCUCAGCAGGAGACCCCAGCUCAGCCUACAGAGCAUCCUGAGGAGGUAAAACCUGCAACCCAGCAGGAGCCCCCAGUUCCGCUUCCAGAGACUUUUGGAGAAGCUGAACCUUCUUCAGCCCAGGAGGAGGCCUCAGCUCAGCCUGCAGAACUUCCUGAUAAGGCAGAAUCUUCAAUCCAGCAGGAGACCCCAGCUCAGUCUCCAGGAGAGAUAGAACCUUCAGCAACCCUACAAGAACAACCAGCUCAGCCUCCAGAGCUGCCUUCUGGGGAGGUGGAAACUGCUCCAACCCAGCAGGAGCACGUAGCUCAACCUUUAGGGCAUCAGUGGGUGACAGUUUCGCCUCUAGGUCACCAUCAUGUUCAACACUUAAACAUUCCUAGUGUUAAACCUGCAGAUGUGCAGGUCACCAUAACACCAGAACCCACUCCAGAGGUGGAAACUCUGCCAGUUCAGCAUGAGGCUGCAGCUCAGCCCUCUGUGCCCCUUGAUGUGGAACCUUUUGCAGCCCAGCAUGAAGCCCCAACUCUGCCUCCACAGUCCCCUGAGGAAGCUGGACAUUUGCCAGUUGAGCAGGAGACUCCAACUGAUUCCCCAGAACCUACAAUACAGGAGAAACUUCCAGCACAGCAGGAGACCCCAGUUCAGCAUCUGGAGUAUCCUGGAGAAGUUAAACCUCCCACAACCCAGCAGGAGGCCCCAGCUCAGCAAUCACAGGCCCCUGAAGGAGGCAAACCAUCUUCAACCCAGGAGGAGGUCCCAGCCCAACCUCCAGAGACUCAGGGAGAGAGAGAACCAUCUUCAUCCCAGGAGGAGGCUCCAGCUCAGUUUCCACAGACCCCUGAGAAGGGUGAAUCUUCAGCCCAGGGGGAGAGCCAAGGUCAGCAUCCACAGACCCCUGAGGAGGUUGUACCUUCUCCAACCCAGCAGGAGGCCGAAGCUCAGCACCCUCAGGUCCCAGAGGAGAGAGAGCCUUCUUCAACCCAACAAGAGACCCCAAAUCAGUACCCAGAGUCUCUUGAAGGGAUUCAAUCUUCUCUGGCCCAGUCAGAGGCCACAGUUCAGCAUCCAAAUCCCCUUGGGGAGGUUAAACCUUAUGCAACAUAUCAGGAGGUCCCAAGUCAGCAUCUACAGACUUCGGAGGAGGUUUACCCUUCUGCCACCCAGCAGGAAGCUGCAGCUCAGCAUCCAGAGCCAUCUGGUGAGGUUGAACCUUCCCCAACCCAGCAGGAGGUCCCAGCUCACUCUCCAGAGCAUCAUGUGGUAACAGUUUCUCCUCUAGGUCAGAGUCAAGCUCAGGUUCUGCUGUUGCCCCAUGUCACUGUUAAACCUGUGGAUCUGGCACUUACCAUAACUCCAGAGUCCACCAAUGAGGUUGAAACUUCUUUACCCCAACAAGAGGCCCCAGCUCAGUCUGCAGCGUUCCCUGGGCAGUUGGAACCUUCUUCAGUCCAGUCAGAGGCCCAAGAUCAGCAUCCAGCCCCUCCUGGAAAUGUUGAACCUUCUCCAAUCCAACAGGGAGUCCCAACUCAGCCUGAAGAUCUUCCUGAAGAAAAUGAACUAUCCCCAAUUCAGCAGGAAGCUGCAGCUCAGUAUCCAGAGCCUUCUGGUGAGGUUGAACCUUCUCCGGUCCAGCAGCAAGGUCCAACCCAGCCUGAAGGUCUUCCUGAGGAAAUUGGAGCUCCUCCAAUCCAGCAGUGGAGCUCACCUCUGUCUCACAUGCAUGUUGUGGGUGUAGAACCUUCUCCAGUCCAGCAUGCUGUUCCAGGUCAUCAUCCAAACCCCAAUGAGGGGAUUGGGCCUUCUCCAGUUCAGCAUGAGAACCUAGCUCCGCCUCCAGAGUCCUCUACAGAUGUUGUAUCUCAGCCUCCAGUACAUCAUGAGGUGACAUUCUCACCUUUAGGUCCCGGUAAAGCUCAGUAUCCACUGUUGACCAAUAUCACAGUUAAACCUACAGAUCUGGAGAUUUCCAUAACUCCAGUGCCAACUAAGGCUGAGCAUUCUCUAGUGCAGCAGGAGUUCCCUGCUCAGGCUCCAGUUCCCCCUGAGCAGGUUGAAUUUCCUCCAACCCAGUCCAAGCCUCUUUUCCAGUCUCCGGAGAUCCCCAAAGAUGAAUCUCCUCCAGGCCAACAAGAGGUCAUAGCUCAGACUCCAGACCCUCCUAAGGAGGUGGAACCUGCUUCAAGCCAAUGGGAGGUCCCAGCUGAGCCAUCACAGACCCUUAAGGAGAUUGAACCAUCUGCAAAUGAACAUGCAGUCUCAGCUCAUCCUCCAAAGCCCCCCAAGGAAGUCAAACCUGCAACCCAACUGGAGGCCCCAGCUCAGUCUCCUGUCCCCCAGCAGGCCCAAACUGUACCCCCUGAGCCCCCUAAUGAGGUAGAACCUCCUCCCACGCAACUGGAGGCCCCAGCUCAGCCUCCCGAACUCCCUGAGAAGGUAGAAACAUCUCCAGCCCAGCAGGAAGUCUCAGCUCAGCCUUUGGAGCCCCCUAAUGAAGCAGAAUCUUCAACCCAGCAGGAGGCCCUAGCUCAGUUUCCAGUUCACCAACAGGCCCCAGCUAUAUCUCAGCCCCCUAAGGAGGUAGAAUAUUCUCCAACCCAGCAGGAGGCCCCAGCUCAGUCCCCUGUCCCCCUGCAGGCCCCAGCUAUAUCUCCUGAGCCCCCUAAGGAGAUAGAAACUUCUCCCACACAGCUGGAGCCCCCAGUUCAGCCUUCAGAGCCCCCUAAUGAGGCAGAAUCUUCUCCAACCCAGCAGGGGGCCCCAGCUCAGUCCCCUGUCCCCCCGCAGGCCCCAGCUAUAUCUCCUGAGCCCCCUAAGGAGGUAGAACCUUCUCCCACACAGCCGGAAGCCCCAGCUCAAUCCCUUGUCCCCCCACAGGCCCCUGCUAUAUCUCCUGAACCCCCUAAUGAGGUAGAACCUUCUCCCACACAGCCGGAGGCCGCAGCUCAGCCUUCAGAGCCCCCUAAUGAGGCAGAAUCUUCUCCAACUCAGCAGGAGGCCCCAGCUCAGUCCCCUGUCACCCCACAGGCCCCAGCUAUAACUCCUGAGCCCCCUAAGGAAGUGGAACCUUCUCCCACACGGCCAGAGGCCCCAGCUCAGCCUCCAGAGCCCCCUGAGAAGGUAGAACUAUCUCCAGUCCAGCAGGAAACCCCAGCUCAGCCUUCAGAGACCCCUAAUGAGGCAGAAUCUUCUUCAACCCAGCAGGAGGCCCCAGCUCAGGCCCCUGUCCCCCUGCAAGCCCCAGCUAUAUCUCCUGAGCCCCCUAGGGAAGUGGAACCUCCUCCCACACAGCCGGAGGCCCUAGCUCAGCCUCCAGAGCCCCCUAAUGAGGCAGAGUCUUCUUCAACCCAGCAGGAGGCCCCAGCUCAGGCCCCUGUCCCCCUGCAAGCCCCAGCUAUAUCUCCUGAGCCCCCUAGGGAAGUGGAACCUUCUCCCACACGGCCAGAGGCCCCAGCUCAGCCUCCAGAGCCCCCUGAGAAGGUAGAACUAUCUCCAGUCCAGCAGGAAACCCCAGCUCAGCCUUCAGAGACCCCUAAUGAGGCAGAGUCUUCUUCAACCCAGCAGGAGGCCCCAGCUCAGGCCCCUGUCCCCCUGCAAGUCCCAGCUAUAUCUCCUGAGUCCCCUAAGGAAGUGGAACCUUCUCCCACACGGCCAGAGGCCCUAGCUCAGCCUCCAGAGCCCCCUGAGAAGGUAGAGCCACCUCCAGUCCAGCAGGAAACCCCAGCUCAGCCUUCAGAGCCCCCUAAUGAGGCAGAAUCUUCUUCAACCCAGCAGGAAGCCCCAGCUCAGGCCCCUGUCCCACCGCCAGCUCCAGCUAUAUCUCCUAAACCCCCUAAGGAGGUGGAACAUUCUCCCACACAGCCAGAGGCUCCAGCUCAGCCUCCGGAGCCUCCUGAGAACGUAGAACCAUCUCCAGUCCAGCAGGAAGCCCCAGCUCAGCCUUUAGAACUUCCUGACAAAGUGGAACCUUUUCCAGUCUCUCAAGAGACCCAUUCUCAGCUUCCACAGUCUCCUGAGAAGGUGGAAUCCUCUCCAGACCUGCAAGAAGCCCCAUCUCUACCUCUAGAGCCCCUUAAGGAGAUAGAACCUUCUCCAAACCAGCAGGAGGCUCCAGCUCAGCCUCCAGAACCACCUAAGGAGGUUGUAACACAACCUCCAGUCCAUAAGGAGGUGAUAGUUCCACCUCCAGGACAAGAUCAAGCUCAGUAUUCACACUUGCCCAGUGCCACUGUUAAACCUGUUGACCUGGAGCUUACUGUAACUCCAGAGCCUACUACGGAGGCUGAGCAUUCUACGGCCCUGCAGCAGACUCUAACUCUUCCAGAGGACCCCGCGGUGACAAUUCCACAUCCAGAGCAUGUUCAGGCUCAGCAACCAAAUUUGACUGAAGUCACUGUUCAACCUUUAGACCUGGAGCUUACUGUAACUCCAGAACCCACUACAGAGGUUGAACCUCCAACCAUGCAGGAGACCCCAGAUCAGCCUUCAGAGCUGCCUAAGGAGGUUGUAGGUCAGCCUCCCGCAUAUCAGGAGGUGACAGUUCCAACUCAAGGCCAAGAUCAAACUCAACAUCUAUUAUUACCCAACGUAACAUUUCGACCUUUGGACCUGGAGCUUACCGUAACUCCAGAACCCACUACAAAGGUUGAGCAUUCUCCAACCACGAAGAAAACUACAGCUCCCCCAAAGGACCUCGAAGUGACAUUUGCACACCUAGAGCAGAUUCAGGCUCGGCAUCCAACUUUGACUGAAGUCACAGUUCAACCUUUGGACCUGGGGCUUACCAUAACUCCAGAAUUCACUAAGGAGACUGAACUUUCUGUACCUAUGCAGGAGAUCCCAGUUCAGCCUCCAGAGAAACCUAAGGAGGUUGCCGUAGCUCAAUCUCCAGUAUAUCAGGAGGAGACUGUUCCAACACCAGGUCAGGAUCAAGCUCAGCAUCCAUCAUCACCCAAUGUAACAGUUCAACCUUUGGACCUGGAACUUACUGUAAGUCCAGAACCCACUACAGAGGUUCAACAUUCUACAACCUUGAAAAAGACUACAGCUCCUCCAAAAGACCUUGAGGUGACAUUUGCACAUUCAGAGCAGGUUCAGUCUCACCGUCCAACCUUAAAUAAAGUCACAGUUAAACCUUUGGACCUGGAACUCACUGCAACUCCAGAAUCUACUACAGAGGUUGAACUUUCUUCAGCCAUUCGUGAGACCCCAGAUCAGCCUCCAGAGCCACCUAAAGAACUUGUAUCUCAACCUCCCAUGUAUCAAGAGGCAGUGGUUCCAACACCACGUCAGGAUCAAGCUAAGCAUCUGUGGUCAUCAAAUGUGACAGUUCAACCUUUGGACCUGGAGAUUACCAUAACUCCAGAAUCUACUACAGAGGUUAAACAGUCUACAACAAUGCAGCAGCAGCAAACUACAACUCCUCCAAAGGACCUUGAGGUGACAUAUCCACAGUCAGAGCAGGUUCAGGUUCAGCAUCCAACCUUAAAUAAAGUCACAGUUAAACCUUUGGACCUGGGUCUUACCAUAACUACAGAACGUACGACAGAGACUGAAACUUCUCCAACCAUGCAAGAGACCCCAACUCAGCCUCCAGAGUUGCCUAAGGAGAUUGUAGUUCAAUAUCCAUUCCAUCAGGAAGCAACAGCUCCAACUCCAAGUAAGGAUCAAGCUCAGCAUCCAGUUUCAGCCAGCAUCACAUUUCAUCAUGAGGACUUGGUGCUUACCAUUACUCCAGAACCUAUUACAGAGGCUGAACAUUCUACAAACAUGAAGAAGACUACACCUUCUCCAAAGGACCUUGAGGUGACACUUGCACAUCCAGAACAGGUUCAGAGUCAACAUCCAAACCUGACUGAGGUCACAGUUCCACCAAUGGACCUGGAAAUUACUGUAACCGCAGGAUCCAAUAUGGAGGUUGAACCUUCUCCAACCAUGCAAGAGACCCCAACUCAGCCUCCAGAGCUACCUAAGGAGAUUGUAAUACAAUAUCCAUUCCAUGAGGAGGUGACAACUCCAACUCCAAGUAAGGAUCAAGGUCAGCAUCCAGUGUCACCCAGGGUUACAUUUCAUCGUGAGGACUUGGGGCCUACCAUUACUCCAGAACCUACUACAGAGGCUGAAUAUUCUACAACCACAAAGAAGACUACAACACCUCCUCCAAAGGACCAUGAGGUGACACUUGCACAUCCAGAACAUGUUCAGAGUCAACACCCAAACCUGACUGAAACCACGGUUCUACCUGUGGACCUGGAAAUUACUGUAAGUCCACAACCAGAGUCAUCUGAGACAGUUUUUCCGCCAACGACCCAGCAUUCACUGGUGCAUUUUGUAAAAUACACCCCAGAAAAGGCACGCACAGCUUUAACUGAGCCACCAGAAGAGAAUGCUACCAUGAACAUCAACAUAUGUGAGCUCUGUACCUGCAAAGAUGAGACGCUGUCAUGUACUGGUUUCAGCCCAAAGCAGAGGCUCCGCAGAGUGCCUGUGCCAGAGCCCAACACCUACAAUGGCACCUUCACCAUCUUAAAUUUCCAAGGAAAUUCUAUUUCUUACAUUGAUGAAAAUAUAUGGAAGGCAUAUCGAUGGGCUGAGAAACUGAUUCUCAGUGAAAAUUCUUUGACUGAAUUACAUAAGGACUCUUUUGAAGGCCUGCUAUCCCUCCAGUAUUUAGAUUUAUCCUGCAAUAAAAUACAAUCUAUUGAAAGACGUACAUUUGAACCACUACCCUUUUUGCAGUUUAUAAAUCUUGGUUGCAAUUUACUCACGGAACUGAGCUUUGGAACAUUUCAGGCUUGGCACGGAAUGCAGUUUUUACACAAGUUAAUUCUCAAUCGUAAUCCUCUGACAACUGUUGAAGAUUCAUAUCUUUUUAAAUUGCCGGCAUUAAAAUAUUUAGACAUGGGAACGACACAGGUGACCCUUUCAACAAUUGAGAGCAUCCUCAUGAUGACCCUUGAAUUGGAAAAACUGAUUUUACCUAGCCGUAUGGCCUGCUGUCUCUGUCAAUUCAAAAAUAAUAUUGAGGUUGUCUGCAAGACAGUCAAGCUGCAUUGUGACAGUGAAUGUAUGACAAAUGCCACACAUUGUGAUGAAGAAGUAUCUAUAAGGAAUACAGAAGGCUCAUUCAUGAAGGUAUUAAAAGCCCGGAAGAAGAGCACCAGUACUGAGCUGACUAUUGAGCCAGAGAAGGCAUCCUCAGACAAAAAUAGCGUCAGUCUAGCCUUUAUCAAUGAGCAGCUAGACUUCAAUGAUGAAAGUGAUGUUAUUAGUGCACUGAAUUACAUAUUGCCUUAUUUCUCAGAGGGAAAUCUAGAAGAUGUAGAAUCAACAUUAUUACCAUUUAUUAAACUUCUGUUUUCAAAUGUACAAGAUGGAGACAAGCCCACAGGUCCCUUGACAAACAACACAGGGAGCCUAUCUCUUAAACCUGGACCCAAUAAUUCAACUUACAAAAAUAAACUGAAGAAACUCUACUUUCUGGAAAAUUUGUUAGAUGCAGAAAUUCAAGAAAAAAUUGAUGAGGUGAAAAAAAAAGAAAAAAUUGCCAUGCUUAUACAUUCCGGUCUUUUCGGUCCCAAAUUUAAACGCCAGAUCUUUCCAAAGAAAUUAGAAACUGCCCAAGCUCAGGAAGAGAGCCUCGCCAAGGCUGAGCAUGUAGGGAAAAAGAUGCUGAGAGUGAAAAAGGUCAUCAAGGGCCCCAAGGGCCUACGGAAAAGAUACUUCAAAGAAUUGCGCCGUCAGAGAAACCAGAAGAAACAGAAUGCCCAGCCAUUUGUGGAGAACGUGGCCAAAGAAAGAAGGCUCGGGAGACCAUCUACAAGGGAGCUGGAGCAGCUUCACAUGGCGCAGAGGCCCAAGAAAUUAGUGGGGGACUCCUUCAAUACAGAGCCUUCAUUCAUAAAGGAGCACAAGGCAGCAGUCUCUUCCUUCCUGAAACAAUACUCGUUGGGCAGGCCUCCUGCCUCCACUGCUCCAAAAUCCCUACCUGAGGUGAAAAACAAAUCAAAAGACUUAACCUACACUAUUUUUGUUUUAGAGGAUGCAAAUGCUAGAGUUAAGAAUCUGAAGGCUCCCAGACCAGUCUCACAUUCCGGAAAGAAGUACAUCUUUCAUAAACCUCACUCACGUGUGGUCCACAGAGAACCCAAGGCCAAACGGAAUCGAAAAUUCAAAAAGAAAAGUCCUCUCAGAAAUAGACUGAUGCUGGCAAAGAGGCCUCCAUUCUCUGCAGUCAGGAGCCUCAUAAAUUCCCCCUCACGGGAGGCUUUUUCAUCUUCAGGAGAAAUGAGUUCUCAGGAAAAUCCUUUUCCGGAAUUAUUUACUCUUUCAGAACCUCUUAGGGAAAACACUACUGUGGAAAACACUACUACGCAGAAUAUUUUUGAAGAGACGGUGCCAGAACAAACCCUCCCUGAAUUCAGGAACCAUGAGAAUCUUCCCAGGGCACAUUCUGCAGCCACCAGAGACAACUUUAUGCCAACUGUUAAACAAACCAAUGAAACACAAUGGGAAUACCACAACAUGGGCACCGAAUUGCCCCCGAAGUCCACAGAGUUCACUGUGUCGAAGCACUCAGCCACAGGGGAUCUAUUUGAAAUUCAGCUAAACCAGCAGCUACGGUCCCUCAUCCCCAACAAUGAUGUGAGAAGGCUCAUUUCUCAUGUUAUCCGGACUUUGAAAAUGGACUGCUCCGAGACCCACGUGCAACUGGCCUGUGCCAAGCUCAUCUCCAGAACAGGCCUCCUGAUGAAGCUUCUCAGUGAGCAGCAAGAAGUAAAGGUGUCCAAGGCUGAGUGGGAUACGGACCAAUGGAAAACUGAGAACUAUAUCAACGAGAGCACAGAAGUCCAGAGUGAACAGAAAGGGCAGGAGUCCAGUGAGCUCACAAAAGAAGUUCCAGGUUAUGGCUAUAACAACAAACUCAUCUUGGCAAUAUCUGUGACUGUAGUAGUGAUGAUUUUGAUUAUAGUUUUCUGUCUCAUUGAGAUUUAUUCUCAUAGAACAGCAUCAGAGGAAGGUAAAGAAGGAAACUCAAGGGGCUUCUUUCGGUCUCUGCUGCGGAAGAGAUGCUCAUCCGAAAAUGAGAAUCAGGAGGGCUUUUUCUGGAGAAGGCGGCCACUUUGGCUUCGGGACAUGUACAGACCUCUCAAUGCCACACGCAAGAAAAACAUGGCACAGAAGUUACAUGACAAGGAUUCUUCUGAUGAGGAUGAGAUUUUCAACAAGGAACCAGGAGAGAAAAGUGAAGCCACAGCAGAGAAGACUCAGGCCACAGAUUCGACUGCUGAAGAGCUGGGUGAGGAGAGUGAGACCGCCGCAGAGACCGUCACCGAGUGAGCCCAGCCUGCCUCAGGCCGCCUACAGAGUUUAUUUUCUGAUAUUGGCUUCUCAGCAUUGCCUGUAAAAUACUUAUUUUUCUCAUAUUAAAAUGUAUAAGUUCAUAACCAA